GGUGUCUCAUGCAAUAGAUGGAACCCGCGAUUGCAUCGACUGUCAACGGUGGAGAGACAUGCGCCAUGGAGACGGAGGACAUUUUGAAGGGUUUUGCAGAUGGCAGCAAGAAAGAGAAUUCGGCUGGAGGGAACACCGCAGACUGUGCAGAAAUGCUUGCAACAAUAUAUGCACAGACUGCAGAGAUGAUGGGUGAUGGUGAUGAAACAGAGAAUGACGCAGGAGGGAGCACUUGUGAGACGAAAAAGGUUAGGGAAGAGAGAGAGGAGAGAGGUCUGGGAAGCAGGGAAUCUCUGACAGGGUGUAUUGUGAAAAAUGAAAAUGUGGUGAAGACAUCAGCAGGAGAAGAUUACCCAUAUGACAUUAAUUGGGUGCCGGGUCGUGUUCAACCGGGUAUUGUUGGAGGAGCGCCCUGCUUUUCGUUCAAAAUCGAUGGGACAUGGGUUCCAUUUCCUGCCCCCAAAAUGAAUACAUGGCAAAACGUAACUCUGUCAAUCGUGUUUGAUGGAGUACUAUGGUUGAACGAUGAGGCAACACCACAAGAGAAAGGGCGAUAUGCAUUGAAAAUGUGGCGUGUUCUGGAGGCGCAGGGCGAGUUCAGGCUGAACGAUUUUUUGUACGACAGUUUUGAUUGCGGACAGUCAUGUGUGAUUGGUGAGAACGAUGCAACAGGGAGUACGGCGUGCCACGAGAGCGAUGCGAGGAGGGAUCCUAGGAACCUCGACAGGGAGGUCUCAGAAGACGAGAAGAAGGCAAUGGCAUGUCCUACCCAUACUGCUGGCUGCUUUUUCCCGUCGCUUCGGAACCCUGUGGAGUUGGAGGUGGUUGAAGGGAAAGUAUUUACUGGUGAGGAUGGCAGCACAUACAUGCAUACAAGAGGACAGAAAGCCACGUAUGAUGGACUAUGCUCGCAGAUUUGGGACCAUGUCACAAUGAGGAGUGACGUUCUGUCUGCCAUGGACAUUGGGGCCCAUGUCAUCCCUGAAGGACAGUUGCAGCAGCAUAUUGCCCCUGAAAAGUAUGGCUAUCGUGUCAAUUGGGUCCCAGGAUGUUUGCAUCCUGCAGUGGUUGAUGGCAAGGUGACGAUGGCAGCAAGACUGCAAUCAGGGCAUUGGCUCCCAUUGGGAUGGAUGCAUGCAGGCAUUGUGGAGCAUUGGCAGUUCCUCGUGGUUCUGGCACGUGUCCCAAUUUUCAAUGUAAAUGUAAAGGACCACGUGCUGGUGGUUGAACACGCAAAGCGCUGCUGGGAGAAGAUAAGGGAGGAGGAGCAUCAGAUUGUGUGCGCGGGUUAUGACUCCAUGGCUGACCAGGGGAUGUGGUCCAUGGUUGAGGGGAGUUGUACGGGCCAAGAGCAGGGCGACGGUCAGAACAGAUACAUGGCUCACAUUCGCCGCAGGCACGGUUGCACGACUGUUGUCGGUUGGGUCCCGGUCGUAUGUCCCAUGACAUAUGAGCAUGGUGGAGACGUCACCAUGAGAUUCAGAGACCCGCUUGGUGUGCCUUUCCAUCUGACCUACUCAGAUGGACUCCUGCGAGACAUUCGGUAUCUGGCGGAGAAUGACUUGGCGGGUUCAUCGCAGUCAGGCAAAGGACAGAGAAGCGCUCAAAAAUUUCUCGUUUGUCUGCCGACGUGGAGGGCCCAUGUGGUCCUGGUCGCGUCGGGGGGUGCUCUGCAGCACAGGGUGACAUGGGCGGCCCGAGCGAUGCCGUUCUUGCGGCUUGUGCGCGAGGUUGUGGAGGAGGACAUUGCUCCGGGUAUGGGCGUGAGGUUUCAGAUGACGGCGGUGCGUGCUUUGAUGGAGGCUGCCGAGGCGUACCUAGUCGCCAAUUUCGAGAACACCAACAAGGUGGCCAUCCAUUCGAAGAGGGUGACGAUCCAAGUCAAGGACAUGAGACUGGUGGAUAGGUUGUCGAAGCCUCGCUGGGUUGAGAAAUAUCAAGGUAUGUUGGAUGAGAAGGCGAGAGGUGAGGAGAGACAACAAGGGAUGGAGGCCAGACAGGCGGAAAGGGAUGGCAGUAGAGCAGGGGCAAAGAAGAGGAAAGCAGUGCCACGUAAGGGGGGGCGAGCGAAAAAAACGGCAGCGUGAGAAUUCUACUGUGUGUGCUGCAUAACGGUUGUCCUGUC